AAAUUAGAGGAAUAAUUGCGGAUCCAUUGAAAGCGAUGCCCAAACGGAAGGUAAGGUUUGGCUUUGAUGUCCACCACUAUCAGCACGAAGAAGUAGAUCCAGAGGUCGUACGGCACCGGUAUAUCACGUGCGAGAAGUAUGUCUACACUGUCAUCAUCUGUUACAUACAUUUAGCGUUCGGAACGGUAUACUCGGCCAUUGGGCCGGCCCUGGUUGAUUUAAAAUACAUACUGGACACCACCAUGGACAAAAUAUCGCUCAUUUUCAUAUUUCAAGCUGCGGGUCUAGUUAUGGGUGCUUUGUUUGGUCUAUUAACCAAACACCUGAACCGGCAACUCAUGCUAACAGCCCUGUUGACCAUGAUGUCAGUGGCCAGCCUAUUGAUACCCUGGUCACAGCGUCUAUCACACCUGUACCUAUACAACGGUAUAUUUGGUUUGGGCGCCGGCGCCUGGAUUAACGCCAAAAACGUGUGGACCAUUGAGUUGUGGCAGCACAGGUCGGCACCCGUACUACAACUAUCCGCCCUUAUGUUUGGUGUGGGCAGUAUUCUGGGCCCUCUUAUCGACGACCCGUAUUUGAUUGGUCACAUCAAACAACUGACUGUUAUAGACAAUACACCGAUUGAUGGCCUGACCGGUGCCGUCGGUAAUGAUAGCACCGGUAGUUUCGAUGUAAACGUUACAGUCAUUGAGAAUCAACGGCUACAUAACGUUAGGUCGCCUUUCGUUAUAUGCGCUAUCAUUCAGAUCAUCGGUCCAAUACUACUGAUAAUCAUGUAUUUUCUGCGAAAGUACGAGAAAGGGGGCGACAAAUACAUGGAGAUCGAGGACAGGGCGGACAUCGAACGGAAGGCCACCAUCGCUCGCAUACCGUACCUUAAAUUCUCAAUCAUAGCCCUCGUCUCUCUAUUCCUGGCGUUUCACAUGUCGUCGGAGCAAAACACGCAACAAUUCUCGGCCACAUUCUUCCAGGACAUACAGAUGAAACUGACGGCCAGUAAGUCGGCCGAAGUGGUAUCGGCUAUGGCUGUGGCCAACACUGUGGGUCUGGCCGUAUCGGUGCUGGUCUCNUCUCUCUCUCUCUCUCUCCGUCAGUAA